AUGAUGAAGAAGAAUAAAGAGGGGGUUUUUGCGAUGAUGCUAGGGUUUUUUGUGUCUUCGAUUUUAAUAGUGGAUGGAGAACUUUACAUGUGGGGCAAGAAUUCAAAUGGACAGCUUGGCCUCGGAAAAAGGGCAGCAAAACUAGUUCCUACACCGAGUAAAAUUGAAUGCCUGAACGGUGUCAACAUCAAGAUGACGGCUUUGGGUUGUGACCACUCAAUUGCUGUUACAGAUAAAGGUGAGGCCUUAAGUUGGGGUGGAGGAGGAUCUGGAAGACUUGGUCAUGGACAAGAAUUGGGCAUUCUGGGGUUUCUAAGAAGUUCCAGUGAAUAUACCCCAAGGCUUAUUAAGAAUCUCGAGGGAGUUAAGGUCAAAAGUGUUGCUGCAGGGAUGCUACAUUCGGCAUGCAUGGAUGAAAAUGGCUCUCUGUUUAUUUUUGGUGAAAGAAUUGUGGAGAAACUGGGCUUUGGGGAUGCAAACAAUGCUACAUUGCCAUCUAUGAUCAGCCAACUUCCGUGUUCUGAAGAAGUUGCAUGUGGUGGUUAUCACACUUGUGUCAUUACUCGUGGUGGUGAACUUUUCACCUGGGGCUCGAAUGAGAAUGGUUGUCUUGGUAUUGGCUGUACAGAUGUUGCUCAUAAACCUGAAAGAGUCAAAGGUCCAUUCUUGAAACAUCCUGUUUGCAAGGUAUCUUGUGGUUGGAAACAUACGGCAGCAAUUUCGGACGGUAACGUUUAUACAUGGGGCUGGGGAGGUUCACAUGGAACAUUUUCUGAAGACGGACAUUCUUCUGGUGGACAAUUGGGCCUAGGUAAUGAUGUCGAUUACAUUGAACCUGCAAUUGUUAGUUUUGGCAAGAAUGUGAAAGCAUUGGAAGUAUCAUGUGGAUUCAAUCAUACAGGUGCCAUACUUGAAUACAGUUGAACCAUAUAGCAAGAAGCACUGUUUUUUCCCCACUUUGGACAACAGAAGCAGUUUGAGAAUUUGUUCAUAAACGACAUACCUCAUCCAUUCAUUUAUAGUGUCACAAAAUGUGAGUUAAUGCAUGCUAUACUUGUCUAUAGAAUUUUAGGUUGGAGCAAGAAUACUAAGUGAGGCCUACAAUGCCAUAAAUAUAAUUUGCUUGUCCACCAUACUCCCAAUAAAAUGGUGCACAUAUAUGUAUGUACUAAAAAAUCAACAAAGUGAACAAGUCUCUUCUGCAGCACCAGAAAGUACAUUUAUAAAUUUUAUAGAUGAUGGACGGAUUGUGUGCUUUAGGAGAUCUGUUUAUGGCACAAAAGUACCAGGUUCCCAAUGUUUAUAGAAUAAACCCCAUGUAAUACAUAAAAAUAUGUAUGAUAAUUUGAUCUUUUAAGGGAAUAUAGUUGAUUUGAG